GGAUUGGAAUAAUACUGGAAUAAGGCUGAGCCAACAUGAAACCAGUAAUGAUCACAUUAUGUGUAUGAGCCAGUGGAUGGAACUAGAGAUGAGGCUGCAAAAGAAUCAGACAAUUGAUAAGUGUGUCCAAGAGGAAAUCGAAAAAGAGAAGAAUUAUUGGAGGGAGCUUUUACUGAGAUUAUUUUCAGUGGUGGAGUAUUUGGCUAAGAGUAAUAUAGCAUUCCGGGGAUCUAAUGACAAAAUUGGCCAAGAGAACAAUGGAAAUUUUCUGGGGAAUAUUGAGAUGAUUGGUAAAUUUGAUCCUGUAAUGAGGGAGCACAUCAGGCGAAUCACCAAAGGAGAAACCCGAUACCAUUAUCUCAGCUACAAAAUUCAGAAUGAGUUGAUUGGAAUGUUGAGUUCUGAAAUCAAGUUUAUAAUCAUUAAGAAGAUUAAAGAGGCAAAAUUCUUCUCGGUUAUUCUUGAUUGUACUCCAGAUAUCAGCCACAAAGAGCAAAUGUCUCUCAUUAUUCGAUGUGUGGAUAUAUCAGUGAGUCCAGUUCAGAUUGAAGAAUUUUUUCUUACCUUUCUCGAAGUUGAAGAUAAAUCAGGAAAAGGGAUUUUUGAGCUAUUAUGUGAUACACUGGUUGGUUUGAAGUUGGAUAUUAAUGAUGUUAGGGGACAAGGUUAUGACAAUGGAUCCAACAUGAAAGGAAAAAACAAAGGAGUGCAGAAGAGAUUGUUGGAUAUCAAUCCGAGAGCAUUUUAUACACCAUGUGGUUGUCAUAAUCUGAACUUGGCUAUUUGUGAUAUUGCUAAAUCUUCUGAUAAAGCGAUGUCUUUCUUUGGGAUUAUCCAGCGUUUAUAUAAUUUUUUCCAACCUUCUACGACUAGGUGGGAGAUGUACAGAAAAAUGGUGGGAGGUUUCACGCUUAAACCGCUAUCAGAUACGCGAUGGGAAAGUCACCUCGAAAGCGUUAAGGCUAUACGUUUUAAAGCUCCAGAAAUCAGAGAUGUCUUACUUUACUUUGCAGAAAACAGUGAGGAUCCAGGAGCACGGAGUGAUGCUGAAUGUCUUGCGAUAAGUGAAACACAUGGAAUUGGAGGGUUUGAGUUCUUGUUUGGUCUGGUUAUAUGGUAUGAUGUUCUGUUUGCUGUUAAUACUGUGAGCAAGAUGCUACAGUCUGAAGAUAUUGAUAUCGAUGAUGCCAUUGCUCAGCUAAAGGGGUUAGUUUCUUUUUUCCAAAAGUAUAGAGAAAUGGGAUUUCAAGAAGCAAAAGCUGAAGCUUCAAAAAUUGCCAUUGCUAUGGAUAUUGAACCCAUGUUUAACAAGAGGAACAAGCGCCUUAUUAAAAGGAAAACUCAUUUUGAUGAAGAGCGAGACAAAGGUGAUGAUGUUUGUCAGGUUCUAAGUGUGGAGGAUGAUUUCAGAAUCAAUUAUUUUUUCAAAAUGAUGGACCAGGCUAUUGUUUCUUUCCAAACAAGGUUAGAACAAUUUAAAGAGUAUGAAAAUAUUUUUGGGUUUUUGUUCAGUCUACGAAAGCUCAACUCAACAAGCGAUGAUAUUUUGAAGAGUAAAUGUUCUAACCUUGAAGCUUUUCUUAAGCAUGGAGCAGAUUCUGAUAUUGAUGGGAAUGAUUUGUUCAUGGAAAUCAAAAUUUUCAGAGAAGUUUUGCCAAAGACUUUCAAGAAGAAUGUAGAAGUGCUGGAUUAUUUGAAGAGAAUGAAGGAUAGCUAUCCGAGUAUAUGGAUUGCUUACAGGAUAAUGCUCACCAUUCCUGUUUCAGUUGCUUCAGCUGAAAGAAGUUUUUCUAAGUUGAAGUUGAUAAAGUCUUAUCUACAAUCUACUAUGUCACAGGAAAGGUUAAACGGAUUGGCUAUGUUAUCGAUCGAGAAAGCUUUAAUUCAAAAUCUCAAUUAUGAAAGUUUGAUGAAUGAUUUUGCUGAAAAAACUGCUAGAAGAGUUAUUUUUCAAAAUCGGUAGAACUGUUGUUGUGUGUUUUUAGAACUAUUGUACUGUAUUUUGAAGAUUAAUUAUGUUUAGACUGUUCUUUUUUUCUUCUUGUUCUAUAAUUUUUUCGAUGCUGUUUUUUAUCAUCAAAACUACGAUAAGUUCAUCUAUAUUUUGAAUAAGGCCCCGAAAAACUCAGGUCCGGCUCUGUUUCCACACAAGAAAAAGCAUCAACAGAUAUGAAGUCUGUACAUGAGAAAAAUAAAAGAUCUUAUAACGAAUACAGAUCAUCAAUCAUAAUCAUAAAACAUGUAUUGUUUUUAAAAAAGACUUCUUCUGAUUUAGAAAAAAAAAGAAGGUUUCGGGAUCAAUAUAAGGAAUGAUGUCUUAAUUCAGGCCAAGAGCCAGAAGUCUUUGUGACGUUUCGUGGUGAUCAAGUAACCUCCAUUGUUACUCUUCUUCCUGACGGCAAUAGCCAUACAAUCUGAGUUAUGAAUACAAUACUCAACAACUCCUCCACCCAUUCCUGCUUUCGUGCGCCACUUCCAUAUCACACGCCACUUCGAAGUUCUUUUCCUCUGACCUAAAACCAAAACUCCUGCUUCCUGUUUCUUUGAUUCCUCUACUAUUGCCUUCCCUUUCUCCUCUGCUGUCUCAACCACCACUAUCUCCGUCUUCACCUGAAAAUAUAAACAAGAAACCUUAAUCUCACAAAGUUUUUUUGAAUACUGUUAUUUGUCAUCAGAAAUAAAAGCUCACGUUAGGUUUCUUGAGUUGACAAAGGUUCUUCAAUGGAUGAACUUGUUCAUGAGCCCUUGAGUUUCUCUCCCUUUGUGUCUCAUCUGCACCUAUGAACAUAAUAAAAAAUUAUGUGAAUUUGAGGGACUCAACAAUGUAGAGAUGUCAAGCUUGCCAGCGUGGCCAUAUACACAUACAAUUUUAACGUAUUUUUGAUAAAUUCAUAUAAAUUAUUAAGAAAAAAAUAAAUGUAAUAAUAAAUCAUCACAGUAAUUAAAUCGUUUUGUUCUAUAUUAUAGUCUUAAAACUAAUUUUAACCAUGAAAAUGCUAUAUUUAUUUCUAAAGUUGAUCAAAAAUUGAAACAUUUAUAGGUCAACUAACAAUAUUCUUUCUAAAAUAACAUGAAAACACUUGCUAUGAAACCGGAAAUCAAAUAGACGACCAAAAGAUUAAACUAACCAUACAUUAGGCUUCAUUUAAGCCCAACAAUAAAUCU